AUAGAAAGAGAUCAUUUGUUUCCCUUGUGUCCCCUUCUAGCUUUUAAAAGGAAAUAUUUUUUCCUUAUUUCUGAUGCGAUUUGCUAUCGGCACGGACAAAAUAAACUAGUCGAGAUCACGAGUUUGCCACUCAGUCGCCUUCACAUGCACAGGCUACUUAUACGCUUGAAUUUUCGGGUACUUCAAUCGAUUUACGCAUCUCCUGCCACUCGAACCUGGGCCUUUUGAUAUAUUCUUUCAUUUUUUUGAACAAUUCCAGUCGCCGCAAUGCAAAUUACAAUCUUUUGAACAAGGCGGCGCUUACAUUAUUUCAGAGGAGGCGCCUGAAUUGUUUUAUAGAAGGCCCUGAAUUUUUUAAUUUGAGUGUAGUUAUGCCCUAAUUUCUGCAGAAGAAAAGUGUUUUUGGUUUUUUUUUCCAUAUGCGCGUGUCUUCGGGGCGGUGUUGUUUAUGUCGGUGCGCCAAAGAUAACAAUAGGAAGAGAAAUUAUGGCCACGGCAACAAUGGCUACGGCGGCGGGAGCAGCGGCGCUUUUGUAUUACACUCUGAACCGCAGAUCAUCUGCAGCUGAAAAUGAAGACGAUAAUUCUGAGGAGAAUGAGAUUGAGGAUGAGAAUAAUGGCGGGAUGCGGAAGGUUUCAAGGUCGAAGCGCGCGGCGAGGAAAAGACUUAUAGUGAGGCCCGCACAGGCCCCUGCCACGUGGUUCGAGACUCUCUCUACGCUGUCAGAGACUUUGAGGUUUACUUAUUCUGAGACGCUGGGGAAAUGGCCCAUCGGAGACCUUGCGUUCGGCAUAAAUUUUCUUUUAAGAAGACAGGGACAUCUACAUGUUGCAAGUGUCUAUGCGGGAAGUGACAGUAAACAGCUAACAGGACCCAGUAUUGUUGCUGAAUUAAAGGAUCUCCUGAACUUGUUGACUAUGUGUAUUCAUUUUUCUAAGAAGCCAUUCCAUCUAUUUUUGGAGGCAACUGGUUAUUCCAAAGAGUAUGUACUUCUUCAAGAGCCUAAGGCAGGGCUUUUGAAGCCUGCGUUUACUAUUCUAGUUGAUGAUAAAUCACAUUCUUUCCUUCUAUUGAUUAGAGGGACUCAUAGCAUUAAAGAUACAUUGACAGCAGUUACUGGAGCUGUUGUACCAUUUCAUCACACUGUUCUUGGUGAAGGCGGUGUAAGCAAUUUAGUGCUAGGUUAUGCACACUGUGGGAUGGUUGCUGCUGCUCGUUGGAUAUCACAGCUUGCAGUCCCUUGCCUGAUUAAGGCUUUGGAGAAGCAUCCUGACUACAGCAUAAAGGUAGUUGGACACUCCUUGGGUGGAGGCACUGCAGCUCUUUUGACAUAUAUACUAAGGGAACAUAAAGAGUUUUCUUCUACUCAUUGUAUUACAUUUGCUCCAGCUGCCUGUAUGACUUGGGAGUUGGCAGAAUCAGGCACACAGUUUAUCACAGCUAUCAUCAAUGGUUCUGAUCUUGUGCCUACUUUUUCGGCUACUUCUGUGGAUGAUCUACGAGUUGAAGUUACAGCAUCAGCAUGGGUCAAUGAUUUCAGGGAACAGAUUGAACGGACAAGAUUCCUUAGUACUGUUUAUCGUUCUGCAUCUGCCUUAGGAUCUCGGCUGCCAUCAAUUGCUAAUGCCAGGGACAAAGUUGCUAAGGCUGGUGCAAUCUGGCGUCCAGUUUCAAAUAGUACUCAGGUUGUUAUGAAACAAGCUCAAACUAUGGCUCAAGCUGUUGUUCGGACAAGACCAUCUCUUGGAAUUUCUGGAUGGUCAUGCAUGGGUGCUAGGCGUCGCACAGUAUCUGCAGUAACAUCCUCCACAUCAGCUGAAGCUGAGUCCAAGACUCUUAUUGGUGAAUGCAGUAAGUUUUCUGAGCCUAGCAGUGAGAAUACAAGCAGUGUAACAAAUUUGGAAAGUGCAACAUUACCGAUAUCCGGUGGGGAAGGCAACAUAGAUUCGACAUGGGGAAGAGGAUUAGAUCUUUCAUAUUGUUCUGCUACCGAUGAAGAAUACAGAGACCAUGAGCUAGAUGAAGUUGAAGAAGAUGAUCUGAUUAAUUCUGAUUCAAUUAUUGAUCAUUCUGAAGAGCAAGAUAUAAGUGAAGAUUAUAUAUGGCAUCGGCUUGAGCAAGAACUCAAGCGAAAAGAAGAGAAUCAACAGGAGCGUGAAGAAGAGGCUGAAGCAGCAAAGGAAAUUAUUCAAGAAGAAGAGAAUGUUGUGGCUGCAGCUGUUGAAAAUGCUGGCCAUGCUAACACGGAUAUGGACCUUGGUGUAUCUGAUGAGAACGAGACUAUUCGUUUUUAUCCUCCUGGUAAAAUAAUGCAUAUUGUGUCUACUUUGCCAUCUGAUACUGUUCCUGAUGGCAUUGAUGGACACAAGGCAAAGGUUGGCAUUUACCUUACUUCAAGGGCUCUCUAUGGUAAACUGCGGUUAUCUCGGACAAUGAUUAAUGACCAUUACAUGCCUGUUUACAAGAGGAUGAUGGAACAAUUAAUCAAUGAACUGGAACAGGAACCCGAGGAAAAUGCUAUAUCAGAUGACAUAUUGGAUAAGGAGAUAUGAUGGAAAAGCUGCAUCCAUAUCCUUUCUCUUCACAUGUAUUAUAAAUAUAUGUCACUGUAUUUCCACAACAUAUUUGGUGGUUUUUUAAUAAAAUAUAAAGUAAUGAAAUAGAAGCAUUGUUCAUUUUUCUUCCUCAAAAUGAAAGGUCAUGCAAUUUUUUUUGAAGAGCAAUACAGUUGGGAUUCAAAGCGAAAAAGAUAUUUUUCAAAUCCCAUUGUACUUGUAACAGGAAGGUAGUUUUGCAGCAAGCUUAUGAUUUUGUAUAGUUCUUAAAUGAAUCACAAGCUUGCUGUCCAAACUCAAUAUUGAUUAAUUUUCUGGAAAAAAGUGUAACUUAAUAUUUGGUGUUUC